AUGGCGCACAAAGAUGAUGACAAUGAUGAUGACGAUGAUGACAAUGAUGACAAUGACAAUGAUGUGAUUUUUGCCAAAUGGAUGAGCAGUUUUAGUUUCUGGGGUCACAGCUGGGUAGAGGAGAAUGAGAGAGCCCAUCAUGGAUUUCAGGAUGCCAGUUACAGGAAAACCUCUCUGACCUGCUCGCUUCCUCCGCUUCCCCAAAUCACAUUAUCUGAGAGGCAUCCUAGAAGACAUUCUCAUGAAGAUCAGGGAUUUCCAUGCAGUACCCACUUGCAAGAUUACAGAAAAUGCUCAGGGGUUGGGUCACUCAAGGAGCCACUGGAAUCAAAAGGAAGAUCCCAUUCCAAAAUUCACGCAUUUUCAGAGUCUUUUGAACAGCAAAUGUGCUUUAGAACCAAAUGCUCUGUUUCUUUGGGAUAUGAGAGCAGAAAGGAGAGAAAUGAAAGAGAAUGCCUGAUGAUGGAGAUAAGAUCCAGCAAGAAGGUGGAGGGAGGAAGGAGCUCUAGGAAGGAAGUACAUGGAGAAACAUACUUUCUUGCAUUGUUUGAAAAAGUACUACUACUUUUUUCCACAUCACCACGGCAGAUGGCUUUUGAGUCUGAACACACCAAAUCAAGGGUGGUAGCUGAACAGUGUCUGCAGAUGCUGCGGUCACUGGAAUGGGUGUUUAUAUCAUAUUUCAACUACUUCUGA